GACGAGCUCACGGAAUACAAGACGAGUAACAUCCUUGCCGCACCCAUCCUGAACGGGAAAGACCUGGUGGCCGUCAUCAUGGCCCUGAACAAGACCAGCGGACCCUUCUUCAACGCAGAGGAUGAGGACCUUUUUACCAAGUACCUUAAAAUCGCCACCUUGAAUUUGAAGAUCUUCCACUUGAGCUACUUACACAACUGUGAGACACGCAAAGGACAGCUUCUUCUGUGGUCUGCCAACAAGGUGUUUGAAGAGCUGACGGACAUAGAGCGACAGUUCCACAAAGCCUUGUACACGGUCCGCGCCUACCUCAACUGUGAUCGCUACUCCGUAGGCCUGCUAGACAUGACCAAGGAAAAGGAGUUCUUUGAUAUCUGGCCGGUGCUGAUGGGGGAGCAGCCUCCGUACUCUGGCCCAUUGACACCAGAUGGGAGGGAAGUCAUAUUCUACAAAGUGAUUGAUUAUAUUUUACACGGCAAGGAAGAGAUUAAGGUCAUACCAACUCCACCAGCAGACCACUGGGCACUGGUCAGUGGCCUGCCCGUCUACGUUGCAGAGAGUGGAUUUAUUUGCAACAUUAUGAAUGCCUCCGCCGAGGACAUGUUUCAAUUCCAGAAAGAGCCUUUGGAUAGCAGUGGCUGGACCAUAAAGAACGUUCUGUCCCUUCCCAUCGUCAACAAGAAGGAAGAGAUAGUGGGCGUGGCCACCUUCUACAACAGGAAGGAUGGAAAGCCCUUUGAUGAACAGGACGAACAGCUUAUGGAGGCCCUGACUCAGUUCCUAGGCUGGUCAGCUCUGAACACAGACACAUACGACAAGAUGAACAAACUGGAGAACCGCAAAGACAUUGCCCAGGACAUGGUGAUGUACCACGUCAAGUGUCGUGACGACGAGCUGCAGAACAUCCUGAACACAAGGGAGCUGUAUGGGUCUGAACCCGCAGAUUGUGAGGAGGACGAACUCCUGCAGAUCCUGAAAAAGAAUCUCCCUCAGCUCAUUAAGAAGUUUGAGAUCUACGAGUUCCACUUCUCAGACCUCAACUGCACAGAGAUGGAGCUGGUCAAGUGUGGGAUCCAGAUGUACUAUGAGGUCGGGGUGGUCAAGAAGUUCCAAGUACCCCAGGAGGUGCUAGUGCGCUUCAUGUACUCCAUCAGUAAGGGAUACAGGAAGAUCACCUACCAUAACUGGCGCCACGGCUUCAAUGUCGGCCAGACUAUGUUCACACUCCUAACGACAGGGCUGCUGAAGCGAUACUACACCGACCUGGAGGUGAUGGCUAUGAUCACCGCUGGCUUCCUGCACGACAUCGAUCACCGGGGCACCAACAACCUCUACCAGACCAAGUCAGGCAAUCCUCUGGCCAAGUUGCACGGUACCUCGAUUAUGGAAAGACACCAUCUAGAGAUUGGCAAGUUCCUCUUAGCUGACGAGCAAUUGAAUAUCUACCAGAACCUCAACAGGCGACAGCAUGAGCAUGUGAUCCACCUCAUGGACAUCGCCAUCAUCGCCACGGACCUGGCUCUGUACUUCAAGAAGAGGACCAUGUUCCAGAAGAUCGUGGACCUAUCGAAAACCUAUGAUGAUGAGAAGAAGUGGGUGGACUUCAUGUCUCUGGAAACCACCAGGAAGGAGAUCGUCAUGGCGAUGAUGAUGACAGCCUGUGACUUAUCUGCUAUCACUAAGCCCUGGGAGGUGCAGAGCAAGGUGGCCCUGUUGGUGGCAGCUGAGUUCUGGGAGCAAGGAGACCUGGAGAAGAAUGUUCUGGAUCAGCAGCCUAUUCCCAUGAUGGAUCGAACUAAAUCAGCCGAACUUCCAAAGAUGCAGUGUGGUUUCAUCGACUUUGUCUGCACCUUUGUCUAUAAGGAGUUCUCCCGUUUCCACCCGACAAUCACUCCCAUGCUGGAUGGCAUCCUGAACAACAGGAAGGAGUGGAACAACUGCAAGGAGGAGUAUGAGGCCAAGCUCAAGGCCCUGGAGGAGGAGAAGGCGGCCAAGGCCCCAGCAGGCCCCAAAGGUGGGAUGUUUAUACAUUAUAUCAAUAUCUAAGCAGUAGCUUUAUAUAUAGAUGACUCUCUCUCUCUCUACACAUAUAGAUAUAUUUAGAUAUAUCUACAUAUACAUAGCUUCAUUUACAUUAUGAUUAGAAAGAU